AGUACUGGAAGCACACGGGAGACUGUGUGCCUCACUCUGGAUGCUGCAUGUUGCUUUUUCUUUCAGCGCUGCCAUGUGCAGUUAGAUCUCGCCGUCUUCUAUGAAGACUUCUUUUCUGUCUGCCUGCUUUCAUUCUUGUGACUCAUUGUUUUACUUUUUUUUUGCUGCUUGGGAGAAAAAAAGUUGUCUCUGGGGUUAAAGAUAAUUGGAUGCAUGUCCCUGCAAAUACACUUUGAUCUACACACUGGAAGAUGUUUAACGUGAACCUCCCGACUGAUGAAUUCUCCGGUAGUUAAAGACUGAGACGCCGUCUGCCGAUAUUUACGGAAAUGAACACCUCGCAUCAUUAUGGACUGCAUCACUCUUUGCGGAACCACAGCCAGGGAGCUUUUCCGGUUAGUAAGUCAGCACAGGGUGAAAGGGGAUCCGUGUCUGGAUCCUGUAAGCAGCUGCUCAUCUCCACCGAGGUCUUCCUCACACUUGGGCUUGUCAGCCUCCUGGAGAACAUUCUGGUGAUCGCGGCCAUCAUCAAGAACAAGAACCUUCAUUCUCCCAUGUAUUUCUUCAUCUGCAGUCUGGCUGUGGCCGACCUGUUGGUCAGCGUCUCCAACGCCUCGGAGACGGUGGUCAUGGCGCUCAUCACUGGGGGCAACCUGACCAACAGCGAACGCAUCAUCAAGAACAUGGACAACGUUUUCGAUUCGAUGAUCUGCAGCUCCCUGUUAGCAUCCAUUUGGAGUUUGCUAGCCAUCGCUGUGGACCGUUACAUCACCAUCUUCUAUGCCUUACGAUACCACAACAUCAUGACCCAGCGGCGGGCGGGCAUCAUCAUAACCUGCAUCUGGACCUUCUGCACCGUCUCCGGCGUGCUCUUUAUCGUGUACUCGGAAAGCACCACCGUUCUCAUCUGCCUUAUCAGCAUGUUCUUCACCAUGCUGGCUCUCAUGGCCUCGCUCUACGUCCACAUGUUUCUCCUUGCCCGGCUGCACAUGAAGCGCAUCGCCGCCCUCCUUGGCAACGGCCCUGUCUGGCAGGCAGCGAAUAUGAAGGGGGCCAUCACCAUAACCAUCCUUCUCGGAGUGUUUGUCGUGUGUUGGGCUCCUUUCUUCUUGCACCUCAUCCUCAUGAUCUCCUGCCCUCACAACCCCUACUGUGUCUGCUUCAUGUCGCACUUCAACAUGUACCUAAUUCUCAUCAUGUGCAACUCGGUCAUUGACCCUCUUAUAUAUGCCUUCAGGAGCCAAGAAAUGAGAAAAACCUUCAAGGAGAUCUGCUGCUGCUGGUAUGGACUAACUUCUCUGUGUGAAUAAGCUGGUACUGUCAUACAAAGACAAAAUGCGGUAAAUACACAGUCAACACGUCUGUACUGUGACUCAACUAUGCUCAGAUUCAUAAAACAGUUUUAAUGUUGCUAGUUAUUGUGUUUUACCUUUGUACAGUGCUGUUGAAAAUGGUUUAGGGCACUUUGGUUUAAAGCGGAUUGUCGGUGUGCGUUUCAAGCACCUAGCAACCGCAGAUGGACGUUGCUGAGCAUGUAGGAGAUCUGAUGACGGCACACGGCUCAUUGUGUGAUAAUUCUGUGCACCUCAUUUGAUACCCACUGCCAGCAGCAGAGAAAUGUGACUAUAUGAUUGUGCUGACCACACACAGAAACCUCCAGAAAAAAUGCAAACGCUGUGUCCAUGUUAAUGACUCAAGAAGGCAGAUUCAGGUCAAAUAUGAAUGUUUUUUGUUCAUAGGAAUUACAUUGUUUAUCAAGACGCAUUCAAAAUGUGAUGUCAAGGUAUUAAAAAGCAUUGUAUGAGAGGAGAUUUAUGGUCUCUGUGUGGUGUUAUGAUUCUGUGAUUCAAUAACCUGGUCAACUUUUGGCAGCUAUGAUGUUGUGAUAUUUCAUUUUCAGUUCUCCAGCUUGAAGUCCAUUAUAACGCAACAAACGUAUUAAGUGUUUAGCGUUCCAUACGUAGUUUUAUAUUUUAUAAGUUAAGAUUAUUUCACAUAUUUUUGCAAUGGCAAAUUCAUUGUGACAAAUAAAAUAACAUCAA